AUGACGUCGUUUUCCUCUCCACGCCUCGCUCUUCUCUGCUUCGUCUUCAUCGCCCUCUCCGUCGAUCCUUCCUCCGCAGCGACGGAGAUGGUGAAGCGGGUCUGCGACAAGACCAGCGACUACCGCUACUGCGUCGCCGCCCUCUACUCCGACCCUCGCACCCCCAACGCCGACGCCUACUUCCUCGCCUACAUCUCCUUCGGCCUCGCCUACCUCAACGCCACGCACACCCGGGACCACAUCUCCGGCCUCCUCCGCAGCCCCGGCCUCACCGACCGCAGCCCCGGCCUCACCAGCAGCCUCCAGUCCUGCAGCCGCCACUACGCCGCCGCCAUUGCCAAGUUCGAGUCGGCCUACAACGACCUCAACUCGGAGACCUUCUCCGACCUCGCUGGGUACUCCGGCGGCGGAGCCAAUGCGGCCGAAGACUGCGACAGGGCCUUCGGGGGCAGCGCGUACGCGCCACUGAUGGCGGGGAGGAACCGCGACCUGAAGCGGCUCUCAGAGAUUUGCACCGUCGUGUCGAAGCUCUUCACCUGA